AUGGCAGAGUGCUUCUCUGUCGCCGGAGCCCACCUGGUCCUAACUUACAACCGGAACAAACCUUCUCUCGAUUUCCUGAAUCGAUGUCGCGCUCUCGGUGCCGCAGCUGCGACGCCUAUCCAUUGCAAUGUGUCAGAUUUGGACAGCUGCCAGAAUCUCAUCAAGGAACUGGACAGUACCGUGGGCAAAAUUGAUAUACUUAUCAACAAUGCAGGGGUGGAUAGUAUAGGACCGAUGCAUAUUAAAGACCCCGCGACUAUCAUCAAAGACUUGGCUAUCAAUUUACAUGGCCCGUUGUUCUUGAUGCGUCUCGUCAUGCCAGGCUUUAUCCAGGCCGGACGUGGUACCAUCAUCAACAUAGCCUCCAGGGGCGGGACAGUUGAUCUCCCCUUUAACACCACUUACAGUACUAGCAAAGCCGCAUUGAUACGUCUUACUAGCUCUUGGCAGGCUGAAUUGCAACUGGGAGGCCAUGAUGGUAUUCAAUUGUAUGCCAUCCAUCCUGGUGCCGUACCCUCACAAAUGACCUCAGCAGUACAUCCAGAGGAGAUAAUGGGCGCAUACUCUCACCUCGUAAAAGGAAUGGCUCAAGUGUUGGAGAACUUUAAAGAUUCUCCUUAUCUAAGUGGAAUGGUAUCUGUGGCUCUAGCAACUGGUAUCGCAAAAGACUGCUUAAAUGGCAGAUACUUUGAUGUCCAGCAAGAUCUAGGGGAUGUACUAGCCCAGGCUUCGGCUCUUCGGGAUCACUCAGACCUUUACAAGAUGCAAGUAGCAUUUCUCGGUGAUUUGCCAAAUAAUGGUGGGACAGAGAAUACAGCUCCAGAGAAAGCUUUUAACUUUCCUGGAUAUUGA